AUGAGAGACUACCCAGCUCUUCUAUACCAGCAGCUCUUUUUCUUCGCAAACAAGGUUAUCUCGUAUCAUGGAUCGCAGAUUGACUCAUACCAGAGACCAUCUAUGGCCGAGAAGAGAAGCGUCUGGUCUGGUCGGGAGCUCUCUGUGUGUGUGCGCAGCAGCGGCUGUUUUAUGUCAUUUACUAUUGAGAAGCGCUCGGAAGGUUUUAAGAAGCAAUAUACAGCAGUAGUUGGCCUCCAGAGCAGGCAGCACAGCACCGCAGACUCCUCCUCCAGCGCAGGGCUCCCUGAAGCCGCAGACAAGGGACACGCUGAGAGUGAAGCCGAGAAUCCGACAAGCCAAAGGCCAAAACGACGAAGUUGGGACGUUCGAAGGUCGAAGGUCGAAGUUCGACGAAGCGAAAGCGAAGACGAAGUGACGGUGACGCUAUGCUGA